ACGAGCCCUAUUUAAAACUCGAACAACUCCCAUCCUUUAAUUUCAAGCCGCACCUCUUCAGUCUUCCCCAACUUCCCAACCUACUACCCAAUUGAAAACCGCCUCGCUUGCCUCUUUCCGCUUUCAUCCAUUCCUCUCCUUUCCGUACCCCGGAAGGAAAAAAAAAUUCCCCUUGUAUUAAUCCGCAUUCUGCGUUCCCGUUAAUCUCUCAAACCCUAACGCUACAUUCCCCAUUUCUCCUCUUUUCUGCUUCCACCCCCUUUAAAAAUCCCUCCUCUUUCCUGACAAAGAGGUGUAGAUGGAUCAGAAGAGCCAUGGGACGCCCCCGGCGAUCGGCGUCGCCACUCCGGUCCCAUACUCCGCCGCCGUGGGGCCCUAUCAGGCCUACCACCACCUCUACCAGCAGCAGCAGCAGCAACAGCAGCAGCAGCUCCAGAUGUUCUGGGCCGAUCAGUACCGCGAGAUCGAGCAGACCACCGACUUCAAGAACCACAACCUCCCCCUCGCCCGGAUCAAGAAGAUCAUGAAGGCGGACGAGGACGUCCGCAUGAUCGCCGCCGAGGCCCCGGUCGUCUUCGCCCGUGCCUGCGAGAUGUUCAUCCUCGAGCUCACCCUCCGGGGCUGGGCCCACGCCGAGGAGAACAAGCGCCGCACCCUUCAGAAGAGCGACAUCGCCGCCGCCAUCACCCGCACCGACGUCUUCGACUUUCUCGUCGACAUCGUGCCCAGGGAGGAGGGGAAGGACGAUGCCAUCCCCAGGGGUCUCGCGGGGGCGCCGACCGAUCCCCUCGCCUACUACUAUGUCCCGCAGCAGUGAAGGCAGGAUUUGUGAGUGAGUGGUUGUAACUUGAAACUUUUACUUCCUUGGUGUGUGUCUGUUUUUCCCCGUUGUUGGAUGGCUAUAGCCUGGGGAUCAUUUAAGGUGGAUAAGUGGGUUAAGGAUUGUUGCAUCCGUUGUUUUGGCUCUGGUUAUGUACUUGUGUUCUGGAAAAACUAUUCUAUGAGUAGAUCUGGUUGCUAUAA